AUGUUAGUAGUUUUGGAGAGAGCUCAGCAACAAACUUCGCUAAGAAAAAAGAUAUUUGAUCACAAAGUUAGUGAUGCUCAUGAAGCUGCUGUUGGGAUUUUUGCAGAUUCACAGAAAGAAACGUUAGAAAAGGUUUUUUUAAAAACAGUGUCAAAAGAAAAAGAAGCAGAAAUAGCUGUUCAAGAGUUAAAUGGGUUAGAUAUGGGCAGAAUUUUACAUUCGCGGAACGCUUGUGCUAAUAUAAUUACUCACAUAAGUUCAGAAAUGGAGAAACAAAAUGUACAGGAAAUAGUAGAAGGGACUGAUAGAUUUGCGCUUAUUAUUGAUGAGUCAACAACAUUAAGUAAAAAAUCAACAUUGAUUUUGUACCUUAGAGUGUGCCUAAAAAAGUUAAAUAAGGAGUCACCUGUGCACUUGUUUUUAGACCUUGUGGAACUGGAAAAUGUGACGUCUCGUGGAAUUUUUAAUGCUGUUAUGAAAUGGCUUGAAGGGCACAAAAUAGAUGAAAACGUUUUAAAAAGUAGACUUGUUGCUCUGGCAUGUGAUGGAGUAGCAGUGAUGCUUGGAGGGAAGUCUGGGAUUGGUGUACUGUUGAAAGAGAAGUUUCCAUCUAUUGUUAUUUGUCAUUUCUGUAAUCAUAGACUUGAGUUGUGUGUGAGUGACGUGGUAAAGAAAAUUGCAAGUAUAAACCGGUUCAAGGGAUUUAUAGACAAACUAUACGUACUGUAUCACGCCUCGCCCAAGAACAGUCGGGAGCUGCACGUAUGUGCCGAUGAGCUUGGUGUACAACUGUUAAAAAUCGGUAGAGUGUUGAACACGCGGUGGGUCGCAUCAAGUUUUCGCACAGUUUCGGCCGUUUGGGAAAAUUAUGAGGUCUUAGCCAACCAUUUUGCAGCAGCCAAAGUAGAUCAGACGUGUGAUCCUUUGGAAAGAUAA